AUGGAAAACGACAAGGGAGAACUCGUUGAUCUUUUACGUUUUUACCAAUUUUCGAUAUGCGCUCACAAUUGUUGCGUGGGAAGUUACGUUCCACGUAAGUGCAGCGCCACCAACCGUAUCAUCAAGGCCAAGGACCACGGAUCCGUCCAAAUCUCCAUCGCAAAGGUCGACGAGAACGGACGCGCUACCGGCGAGAACCAAGUUUACGCUCUUUGCGGUUUCAUCAGAGCUAUGGGAGAGUCCGAUGAUUCUUUGAACAGAUUGGCUCAACGUGAUGAUAAAUUCGCACUAUUCGGUUCUUUCGAUUUGGGCAAUUUUUCUGGCUGGGAUACCUGGGAAGGAUGGGGAUUGAAGGAAUAG